AUGCGUGUCCCUGAAAGCCUGCAGGACCUGGCCUACAGUGAAACCGUGCGCUUUCUGAGAAAGCCAAAGAGCGUCACACGGAUCUUGGCAGGGGUCUUCUCCCUGGUCAUCUUCUCCUCCCUGCUGACCGAUGGCUACCAGAACAAGACGGAGUCUUCCCAGCUCUACUGUGUCCUCAAGGGUAACAGCACAGCCUGCAGCUUCGCAGUGGGAGCUGGCUUCUUGGCCUUCCUCAGCUGCCUGGUCUUCCUCACCCUGGAUGCCCAUGAGAGCCGCAUCGCCAGCACCCGCUUCAAGACGGCCUUCCAGCUCUUGGACUUCAUUGUGGCUGUUGUCUGGACAGGCGUCUGGUUCUUGGGCUUCUUCUUCCUGGUUGGCCAGUGGAGGAAUUCGAAGCAGAAGCACUUCCUCCUAGGCAGCAGCAGCGCCAAAGCAGCCAUCACCUUUGCUUUCUUCUCUAUCGCUGUCUGGGUAUUCCAGGCCUACCUGGCCCUCCAGGGCCUCCGAAGUGACGUUCCAGUCCCCUACAAGCGCUCCCUGGACGAGGGCGGCGUGGUGCUGAACACCAUCUCCCCACCCUCUGCCACCAGCCAAAUCAACGUGCCCACUGCAGGCCCCAACAGCCUGAGUUACACCAGCUCGACCAUAUCCCCCUAUCUGUCUGCUUCCAAGGGCCCCCGCCUCACUAUGAUGCCCGACGACUGA